AGCUGAUAAUUAUUUUUUGGGGGGCUUUUGGUUUUUGGUCUCCGAGUGAGAGGGAGAGAGCUGGGGACUUUUAUUUUGUUGGAAACAGGAAGGCAGGCUCGGCGGCCACGCAGAGCGGAAGAGAAGCUGAAGCUGAAGUUUAGGCUGGCGGUUUGUUUCAGCGACUCUCAAAUUCAGAGACACAGAGCUGCGGGUUUACCCUCCUUUCUACUACAGGCCUUUUUCAGCAGGUUUGUAAGCUGCCGGUAUGAGUCUGCAGUGGACGGCUGUGGCCACGUUCCUCUACGCUGAGGUGUUCGCGGUGCUGCUGCUCUGUAUUCCCUUCGUCUCUCCGAAAAGAUGGAGCAAAAUCUUCAAAUCUCGCCUGGUCAUCGCCAUCACAUCCUAUGGAAACACAGCAUUCAUUGUAGUUAUCUGCAUCCUGGUUUUCCUUCUGGUUGAUGCGUUCAGAGAAGUGCGGAAGUACAGUGUGACCGACAAGGUGGACUUGACCAACAACCCCGUGGCCAUCGAGCACAUCCACAUGAAGCUGUUCAGAGCGCAGAGGAACGAGUACAUCGCAGGCUUUGCUCUGCUCCUGUGUCUGUUGUUGCGGCGCCUGGCCUCACUCCUUUCCCAGCAGGCCACGCUCAUGGCCUCCAACGAGGCGUUCCAGAAGCAGGCCGAGGGGGCCAGCGACGCUGCCAGGAAGUACAUGGAGGAGAACGAGAAGCUGCAGGAGAGGCUGAGGGAGGCGGGUCUGGAGGUGCCGGAGGUGGGAGGCAAGGCCAAAGCCAGCGCUGAAGAGGAGAACAAGACCCUGAAGGGAGAGGUCAGGCAGCUGAAGGACGAGCUCGACGCCACCAAGAAAGCCCUGCAGAAGUCGGACAGUGAUGUGAAGGCCAUGAAAAAGCAGGCGGAGAAUCUGACCGUGGAGUAUGAUCGUCUGCUGGAGGAGCACGCCAAGCUACAGGGGCAAUUCGACUCUCAGCAGGAUAAGAAGUCGGACUGAAGGAGUUGCCCUCUUGCAUCUGUCUGCUUCACUCUUCCUCGUUGACACCAGGUCCACGCAUCACAUCCUGCUGCUGGAUUUUAUCGUACAGGGUUCGGGAGCGUUCCUGUAUGCCUCACUGCUCAUUACUCUGCGUCUGCAGACCAUAGCAAAUGUGUGAUUUUCUUUCUUUUCCUUUCUUUUUUUUUUUUUUUGGUUUAACAGUGUGCCCUGCUUGUCUUUCAAGUUAAAAGUAGUCCACAGUUUAUUGUUUUGUUUGUUUGUUUGUUUUAUCUUCUAAAUGUGAAUUCAGUUUCUUUACAGAUAUGCUUUAUUAAAUAUGCUUUAAAUCCUUUUUUUUUUUUUUUUUUUUUGCAUGUGAGGGAGGGGAGGGGGGAGCCUCAUAACGUUUAGCAUUUUAAUAAAAGGACGAACAUAUUCUUGUGGAUCACAUGGAAAAUCUUUAUGAUGAUCCCGUAAAAAAUACAAAUAUUCGUAAUUUAUGGUGGGUAACAGCUUUAUCUUGCAACACAUUGAAAUAUUACUCAGUUUUACACAAAUUUCGUUGUUUAGUUUUAUUGUUUUGCUUUAAAACAAUAGUUUUGAUUACGGUGGGUUAGUGUUUAUUGUAUAAAUGCCUGGGUUUGGUUAUGGAAAAGCAGUGUGGGGGUUUUGGUGUUUGGAUCUGGGUUGCGGUGAACGUUUUGGAGGCGUUGGUGAAUUCGGAGGCUUCUCCGUUUCACUGCAGCCAUUCGAUACUGUACACUUUCACUGAGCACGGAGGAGCUUAGUUUACUCAGCUUACUUUCUUUCACUCACCACGUUUGUUCUUUCCUUCCGUUCAGUCCCUUUUUUUUUGGUUGCCAGGACCCUUUUCUGCCCCCCACUGUAGGAAAAUCCCACCUUUGCUGGAACAGCUCUGUUUUUUACGCUGUAGAACCAGAACACAGAGUGGAGAGACGAGCUUGUUCCAGUUGUGACUGGUUUAUUCCACUGACUCAUCAUAUACAGAGUGAUAUGAAGCAGGCCAAGGCUGCAAACAGCCAACCUGGCAGCAUCUCUGCGUGAAUGGUCAAGCAAGCGUCCACAGCCUGGAUCGUAUUUCAAAACAUUGCUACAUAGAGCUGUGUAAUUUAGUGUUAUAUAUAUAUAUAUAU